AUGGAUACCUUAUUAACGGCUGAGAUUGCGGCAAACGCUCCCCGGUACCGCCGGAGGAGCUCAACCUUCAUCGACAGCAUCCACGAUGUGUCGGAAGAUCACGACAUGGCGCCGGCCCAGCUCUACAGUACCAUGUCUGGGCGGCUGUUUCACUCUGGCCGCAUCGCCAUUGUCAUGGUUGGGCCACCGGCUCGAGGCAAGACGCAUAUCUGUGUAUCCAUGGCACGCUAUCUUCAGUGGCUCGGUGUCAAGACUCGGAUUUUCCACUUGGGAGACUACCGGCGGGCAACCAUUGGUCCUGAAGGCACCCUCCCCGACGACUACUUCUUCCCGGAUGCAUCCCCUUCAUCUGUCAUCCUUCGCCAGAAGAUACUCAAGAAAUGCCGUGAAGACAUCUACGCCUGGCUGAACCACGAAAACGGCCAAGUCGCCAUCUAUGACGCGGUAAACCCGACGGCGAGUGGAAGACGAUCUCUUGCCAAGGAAUUUGGAAAGCACGACGUCCAGACCUUAUUCAUCGAAUCGUAUGUGGAUAAUGAGCAAAUCUUGCAUGACAAUGCCAUCAAUGUCAAAAUUUCCUCGCCCGAUUUUGCCGGAAUGGAUCGCGAGACAGCAGCGAAAAUGUACUUGAAAAGGAUAGAGAUGAGAAUCCCUGUCUUUGAGACCAUGGACGAACCGGAACUCAACUACAUCAAGAUGAUCAACGCCGGCCAAAAGUUUUUUUACAACAAUCUCAGCUUCAACUACCUCUCUCACCGAAUUGUCUUCUAUCUCACAAACCUCCACAUCAAGUCCCGGACCACUUUCUUUGCCCGUGCGGGCACAACAGCGGAGGAAGACUCGUAUAAAGCAGAUGCCGAACUCUCGGAGGAGGGCAGACAUUACGCCAAAAUGAUGUCCGAGACGCUGCUCAAACAUCGCGAACAAGAGAGGCUGGAGCAAAUUGCCAAGGGCAAGCCCGAUGAACCCCUGCGACCGCUUUCCAUUUGGACCUCCACUCGACUUCGCACGAUUCAAACAGCCGACUACCUCAAAGAAAAGGGCUACAAGGUUCGACAGCGCUCUCAAAUGAGCCAGAUCAACCCCGGCGUCUGCGAGAAGAUGUCAGAGCGAGUAAUCAGGCAGAUAUACCCUGAAGAGGUUGAAAAGCAUGCACUCGAUCCCUAUCACCAUCGAUAUCCCCGUGCUGAGUUCCCCCGUGAUGAGAUUAUCGAAAUCAUUCCGGCGGCCUACCAAAACGAAGCCAGGCGUAUCCGCAUCCCCGGUUUGGACCCUAAGAUGCUGUCUGCUUCUCCCGACGACAUUAGGGUGCCAGGAAGCCGACCCAUGAGCAGGCCCGAGAGCGGCCAGAUGAGCCCAAUUCCUGGCGGCAUAGGUAGCCCGGCUGAGCCGCUGGAGAGGUCGACGGAGAGGGUGAUCAAUACUUCCAAGGACCUGGUCGCGGACAAAAUUCACGAUGAGAUUUGA